AUGACAGAGAAGAGGAGAGAGAGACACCUGCAGCCUCAGGAAACUUUCUGCCGUACUGGUGUGUGUGUUGUGUGUGUGUGUGUGUGUGUGUGUGUGACAGAGCGAGAGCGCUAGGUAGAGGAGGGGAGAGCAGAGCUGAGUGGAGCUGAGAGAGGAGUCCAGCGGCCAGAUAAGAGGUCAGAACAGAGGGAGCAGCAGAAGGACAUGCUGCUCUGACCUCCAGGCUAAAGCACCUUCGGGAAGCAGGAAUGCUCACUCAAAACGGAUUUCUAAGGAUUUUCUGUGAUGCUCCUCUUCAACCCUAAAGUUCUGUACUUCAUGGUGCGUUUGCCUCCAGAAGUGAGGUGUGAGCAUGGCAGCCGCGUGCACUGAAAACACGUCCUGGAUGUUUGCCGCAUGGAACCGGAACACGAGCCCCGUGGAUGCUGACGCCAUCGACCACGCCGCACCCAGCGCAGCGUUCUAUGGGACUUUCUCAAGAUGUUGACUACAGGCCAGCGUCAGAAUCCGGGGGCACCAUGGCCAGUAAUGUGACGCCCAGCGAUGGGCUGGAAGAGGCCCAUGAACAGUACAACUACCUGGCUUUGGUGUGUGGCGUGCCCCUCAUCCUCAUCAUAAUCCUGGGCAAUGUGCUUGUGUGCCUCAGCGUACUGACUGAGAGGUCCCUCAAAACUGCCACCAACUACUUUAUCGUGAGCCUGGCAGUGGCAGACUUGCUGUUGGCAGUUCUAGUCCUGCCACUGUAUGUGUACUCAGAGUUCCUUGGAGGAAAGUGGACUCUCAGCAUGUAUAUUUGUGAUGCCUUGAUGACCAUGGAUGUGAUGCUCUGCACUGCGUCCAUCCUGAAUCUUUGCGCUAUCAGUGUCGACAGGUACAUAGCAGUGGUCGUUCCUCUGAAAUACAACCGGAACCAGUUUAGUGUUCGUCAGCUGGCCCUGAUCACGGCCACAUGGGUGCUGUCCCUGGGUGUGGCCAGUCCCGUCAUAUUCGGCCUGAACCAGGUGCCCAACAGGAACAAGCACGUGUGCAAGCUGGAAGACAACAACUUUGUGGUCUACUCCUCCGUGUGCUCUUUCUUCGUACCCUGUCCUGUGAUGCUCCUGCUCUACUACUGGAUGUUCAGGGGCUUGAAGCGCUGGAGCUCGGGCCGCAGCCGCUCGCACCUCAGCCGGGCCCCCGGGGGCCGCCACAGUCUUUCUCUGCGACUGGGGGCAGCGCUGCAGAGGGAGAAGGGCAGGGCUAGAGAGAAAGUGGUGUACCUCAUGCCGGGUGGCCUCAGCCCCACCUCGCUCUCAGCAGUGCCCGCCAGCCCGCUGUCCCCCACCAGCCCAGUCACCCUCAGCCCAGAUGAGCUACCAGAGGGGCAAAGCCCAGCGGCUGACAGCGACCCAAUGACCACACAGAUGGACAGCGUGUCAGACGCGGAGAAUGCGGAAAGGGCCGCUGAGGGUGGAAGCGUGCGAGAGAACGGCUUGGGGAAGCACCACGAGGUUCGAAGGGCACGGAGACACAGCAAGAGCAGCAGAGUGAGCGGGCGUGAACGCAAAGCCAUGAAGGUGUUGCCUGUCGUUGUAGGUGUGUUCCUGGCCUGUUGGACGCCCUUCUUUGUAGUCCAUGUGACCAAAGUACUGUGUGAGUCAUGUGACAUUGGACCAACGCUGAUCAGCGUGGUCACGUGGCUUGGGUACGUCAACAGUGCUGUCAACCCCAUCAUCUACACUGCCUUCAAUGCUGAGUUCAGGAACGUCUUUCACAAACUCCUGUGCUGUCGGUCAGGAGACUGAGUUGUUCGGGGGGGGGCCUGGUUUCCUAGACUAAUGCACAAUGGUCCUUUAUCAAGGUCGAAUGGCUGUGAGGCUUGUGGGAAAUGACUUGGUGUUGGACACCUGUUCACUCCUGGUAGCAGAACGACACUUUUGGAAAAUGGAACCUUUGAGAAUGAACUACUGACUUGAUCAACACGCUUCAAAUAAAAAGAAAGAGCAGAUGGAGGAGUGUGUGAUAAAGAAAUACUACUGAGGCCUUAGUUGACAAAACUGAUAAAAAGACUUUUUUCUUGUAAAAUUGUUGCUUAACUACAAUAGAUUACUGAGUACUACUGAUAUCAUAGCCCAGAGGCAUAAAAUAUGUGAAAAUGUGCACAUUUGACAUGAUGGUUGUUGGUGUUUAAUAUGUGAUCGUUAUCAAUGUUGAUUUCAUGAUGUUCAAAAUGGCCAAAUGUUCUUCAUCUGCUUUCUUGCAUUUAGACAGUUUAUAUAAAGAUGAGGCAAGUAGCUUCUAAUGCAUAGUCACAGCGAAGGCAGGGUUUUGGUCCUCACAACACCUGACGUACCUUAACAGACGCUCAACCUAUAAAUCUGAAACUCAAGUGUCAAAUCGGAGCUGUAAUGAAACUCAGUGGGAGCAUAUGAUUUGGGAAGGAAGGUUGCUUACUUCAGCUCUGUUUAUCAGUGUGAGAGAGUGUAACUUGAAGAGAUUUAACACAGUAUUGUUUCAAUAAAUCAAAAUCAUUGUACAUAGAG